AUGACAUCUUGUGUUGGAUAUGCUUGGCGAUAUUUGGAACAACGUGCAGCACAAAAUUCAUCAACACAACCACCUAAACGUGAAUAUUCCUUUGUUGUUGAAAGUGAUGAAGAUGAUGAAUCUUUGUUAGGAUUUAUGAAAAAUGUAGUGACACAUAAAGAAUUAAUUCCUCCGCCUACAUAUUUAUCAGACCAUAGACAAUUACAAAUAAGAAGAAAUCAAAUUGCUGGAAGAAUAAAUGUUGGGGGUGUUUCUUCUGACCCUAACUCAACUGGACUUCCGAGACAAAAACAAAAUACUGACGUUGCGAUGACUGCAAAUGCUUUUUCUGAUUUGGAUGCUAUAGCUGAAAUGGGUGCUGGUGCGGAUGAUCAAGAUUCUCAGUCACAAAUUAGUGGGCAGAAUACUCCUUGCCUUCCACAUUUUAAUAGUGAUUGUCCCCAAAUAAUGACGCAACAACCGCAGGCCGUAAAUCAGUCAACAAAAGAUUUUGACCAAAGAUUGAGUCGAAUAAAUCAAAUUAGUGGAAUUCAGCAACAAAAUUCCUUACUUCAACUUUCGCCUUUAGAGCAACAACGAAUGUCGGCAUAUAGACAACAACAACAAAAACUUUUAGCUGGUGUUAGUUCUUAUAGAAUGAUGCAACAAAAUCAAUCUAUUUUGCCCCAAUCUGGACCAGAAGUCUUUGAUUUUGAUGACUCUUCUAAUUUUACGGGAGCUAUUAAUAGUCCAUCCUAUCAGUCUCCAGGUGGCCGCUGUCGUGGUAGAGGAAGACGUGGUGGUGGAAAUGUUGGGGAUAGACAACUUUCUUUUUCUUCAUUAGAAACUGAAAGUACUCCAGCUUCUCCUUCAGAUUUUCCCGGGAAAAAACGAGCUUCAAACGAAGAGGAAGUUCGUUCAAGAAUGAUGACUGAAUAUGAAAUGGCUGCCUGUGAAUCAUUUUCCUCUGACGAAGAAAUGGAUCCUCCACCCCCGCCAAGAAAUUUGCAUCGAGAAUCAACUGAAACAGAAAAGGACAAUCAACAAGGAGAAAAAUCAAAAAUUAAAGCAAAACAUUCUGGCUCUUGCGAGUCUCAAAUGGAUGAAACCAGUCAACGAAAAACUAAUGAAGAGUUUUCUUUGGCAGAAUUUUCGAAACAGCAAAUACCGUCUUCAUCAAAUAAUCAAUCAUACGAAAAACCGCAACAACAGAAACAACAUUUAAUUAAUUCUCAAUUAACUUCAACAACCUCUUCUUCCUCUUCAAAUUCUGCUUCUGUUGCUUCUUCGCCGCCACAACAACGUCAAUCAGAAUUAAAUAAUUUACAUAAAAUUAGUGGAGAUUUUUCAAAAGAUUCGAGAAAAACUUCAAAAACUUCUUUAAAAGAAAUUGAAGAUUUAAAAGAGAUUAAACAAGAAAUCAAAAUAAAUUCGGCAAAAAGUUUUAGCCCUUUUCCUGAAUAUUAUUUUGAAGAUUCUUCUACGCAAAAUAUAAAGAAGGAAUAUCUAACAGAAUCAAAAGAAGAAGAAAACAAAAAUAAAAUACUACAGCGACAACCAUCAGUAACAACAAUAAAGCCAGCAACAGAAGUAAAAACAAAAAAUAAAAAUUCGAAAAUAAAAGAAAAAGAACCUAAAAAAUUAUCAAAUCAAUCAUCAACGGAAGAUUUAAUAAAUAAAAAAGCAAAAAUUGUUUUAAAAAUAAAACCACAAAGAGAGGGGGGAGGAGGAAUACAACAACAGCAAUCUAAAAUAAAUACAAAUAAUUCUUCAUCUUCCCCUUCUUCCUCAUCUUCGUCUUCAAUUUCAACAUCAAUAAAUAUUUCACAACCAACAACAACAACAUUUCAACAAGCAAUAGAGCAACAACCAAUAGCAAGACUUUCAAGUAGUGGAGCCCCUCCAUCAAAAUUUAAACAACAACAACAAAAAAGUGGAGGAAUUAAAAGACCUGCAAUUGAAGAAAUUAUUGAAAAUGUUAAAUUAAAGAAAAGUAAAAAAGAAGGAAAAAAUUCCCCAACACAACAAUUAAAACAACAACAACAAUCAAAUAUAAAAAAUGUAAAAGAAAAUAAUAAAAAUAAAGAAGCUUUUCCACAAAUAGCGGCAACUCCUUUUCCUAGUUUAAAAAAUUUUAAGAUACCAAAAGUAGUAGAAACAGACCCAGCCCCUCCUCCACCACCUCCUCAACAGCAACAAAACUUUUCACAACCAAAAACAGAACAACAACAAAAUCAAAGAAAUUUUUCUGGUGAAGGAGGGGGGAGAAUAAAUAAAUAUUCGACAGAAUCUUCCUCAAAUAAUCCUUCUUCUUCAUCAUCAUAUGGAGGGGGAGCAGGAGAUUAUAAUAGUAGAAAAUAUGGAGAAAAGAAAGGAACAACAACAACGGCUAAUAAUUGGGAUACUAAAACACAACAACAAACUAAUUAUUUACCUCAACAUAUUAGACAACAAAAAGGGCCAGUAAAGCCUAGCAAACAUCCAAAUGUUAAUGAUUCUAAUCGAAAUAAAAAAUUCACUGGAGGGCCACCAAACCCGCACAAUGAAAGAAGAGGCCAUCCUCCUUCUGGCCCUACAAUCAAUAGAACCCAACAACAGCAACCUUCCCAACAACAAAAAUAUUACUCUUCUACUCCUCAACAACGUGAUAUACCUAAUUCCGGUUUUUCUCAAAAUUGGCAAUCUUACACAAAUCAGCAGCAGCAACAACAGUCACAUAUUCAACAAAAUCCUCAAAUACUAACAUUUUCUUCACAAAGAAAUUGGCCAACAAAUCAAAUCCCUCAAGGACGCCCUAAAACAAAUAUUUUGAGGUAUGAAGUUAAUUUACCUCAACAAGCUGGAAAUUCUCCUCAAGUUGAUGAUGGACAACUCCAAAUAGUUGAUGAAGAAUAA